AUGAUAAAAUAUAUUCAUGAAGCAAAGUGCCCUUCUCAAGCUUCGUUGGCGCAGUCGGCAGCGCGUCAGUCUCAUAAUCUGAAGGUCGUGAUGAUUUUAGCAUGUGUUGCACCAGCCAUCAUUGUUCCAGUAAUGAUAAAAUUAAAAAAUGAAAAUGUUUAUGAAUCUAAAGGAGUAAUUUCAAUAAUUUUAACAUCAGUCACUUUAAUAAACAUGUUUUGUACUACAUCAUUUACGAUGCUUGUAUCAGUGUGUUUUGAAAAUAUGUCAUCUUAUUUAGAAAUUCCAAAACCAAUUUUUAUUGGAAUAUUUUUUGGUACCAUUUCUGGAAUUGUUUCAAGUUUAAUAAUGGUAUAUGUUUUUAAGAAUGAAAAAAAAAAUUCUCCCUUUAAGAAGGCUAUGACAAUAAUGGCAUACUGCUUAUUAAUGUUUUUUGGAAGUAAAUAUUACAAAAAUGAUAUUAUUGGAUCUGUUGGUAUUAUUGUAUUUACAUUGAUAAUAAAUUAUAACUUUAACAAAAACAAUGAACAAGGAUUAAAAAAAGAAGAUAAUAUAUUUAAAUAUGGUUGGAAUAAUUUUAUUGAACCAGUCUUGUUUUCAACAAUAGGAACUACAGUACAAAUCAAAGAAAUGAAUAUAAAUAUUAUUUUGAUAGCGUUAUUAAUUACAAUCAUCUCAACAAUUGUAAAAUGUAUUGCAGUUAUACUAAUACAGAAACUUACUCAUUUAAAUUAUAAAGAAAUGAUUUAUAUAGGAUUUUCAUUUUCAUCAAAAGCUACUGUUCAGGCUACAUUAACAUCAAAAUUAGCAUUAUUGAUAGUACAAAAAAAUUUAUCUAUGGAGGUAUCAUCAAUUUAUCCAAUUGACAAAACAAUUAUUGUUAUUACAAUAAUAUCUAUUAUCAUAUCAGCUCCCUUAGGACAUGCACUAUUGACAUUUUUUCCACACUUUAUUAUAAGAAAAGAAAUUGAAUCUAGUGAAAUUUUAGAUGGUAACUCAGAAACAGAAGAAAAAUCAACAUUUAUUUAA